UACAGGUAACCACAAUGACAUCAGAUAUUAUAAGCAGAUAUAACAGAGAAGUAAAGGAUAUGAAAUUUAUCCAGGGAUUAAACACAAGCUUGGCAUUCUUUUUGUAUGAUUUAUUAUCCAUAAUGGAUAGAACGUAUGUUUUUUCACUUAUUAAGACUUACUGUAAGCAAAUGUCAGCUAAGAUAUCAUCUCUGCCAGAUGCUGGGCAUCUUAUCACCUUAAAACUUGAAUUUUUAAGGAUUAUUUGUAGUCAUGAACAUUUUGUUACAUUAAACUUGCCUUUUGCAACACCAGUUAGUCCCUCACCAGCAACAUCUCCAUGUCCAAGUGUAGCAUCAUCAAUUUCACAAAGUUCAUUUGUAUCAACAAGUACUCUUACAGAAAAAGGGAAUUUUGCUGAACUUUCUGUGGAGUUUCGUCAGCAACAUUUUCUAGUUGGUCUUGUAUUGUCAGAUCUUGCAACAGUUUUAGAAAUUAAUAAUCCGGCUGUUCACGCAAAAGCUGUCAAUACUAUUCGUAAUUUGUUAACAUGUCAUGACUGGGAUCCAAGGUUUGCUGAACCAGAAUAUAAAGCAAGAGUAGCUGCUCUGUAUUUACCACUCAUUGGAAUUGUUAUAGAUACGCUCCCUCAAUUAUACGAUUGGCAAUCAGAAGCCAAAAAUAAUACAGAUUGGAAUUCUAUCAAUCAGUCUGUUGCAAUGGCAAUUGCUGGUUCCAAUAUAAAACAUUCAAGUGUUGAUUCAUAUGAUCCUUAUCAACAGACUCGAAAGUGCCAAUUGAAAGAAGAUGUAACACGUCAUUUGUUAUGCUGUUUUCUUUGGGUCAUAAAAAAUGUUGAAGAUAGAGUUUUGAAACAUUGGUGGUCAGAAUUGGCUCCACAUCGAGUGCAUCAGUUAUUAGAAGUUCUUUUUAUAUGUGUCACAGGAUUUGAGUACAAGGGUAAAAGAGAAUUAAGAAGAUUUUGUCAGCAAAGUCUUAGAAAAACAUCUGACAUUAAAUCACGAUUAGAAGAUGUAAUUUUGGGUCAUGCUAGUGCAAGAAGUGAAAUGAUUAUGAGAAGGAAAGAACGAAAUCCACCAUCACCUAAUCCUUAUCAGGGAGAUAGACUUCGCUGGAGAAAGGAUCAAAUGCAGUGGAGAUAUACAUCAGAGCAGUCGGAGAGACCAAAAAUUGAAAUAGACACAGAAGCUCACAUUGAAGGGAAUUUAUCAACAGAAAUUAAUAUGGUUCUGCUUGACACUUUAGAGCUAAUUAUUCAAACAGUUUGUCAAUCAGAUUCCCUACAAGGACUUCUCAGUAUUGUCUUGAGAGUUUUGUUACAUGCUCUGGGUUGCAACCAAAGCACUAUUGUAUUGCAGAAUAUGUUUGCAACUCAACGAAGUUUAGUAUUUAAGUUUCCAGAGCUUUUGUUUGAAGAAGAAACUGAGCAGUGUGCUGAUCUAUGUUUGCGUUUGUUAAGGCAUUGUAGUUCAUCUAUAGGAACAGUUAGAUCUCAAGCAUCUGCAUCAUUGUACUUGUUAAUGAGACAGAAUUUUGAAAUAGGAAAUAAUUUUGCUCGAGUAAAGAUGCAGGUAACAAUGUCACUUAGCUCUCUAGUCGGUACAAGUCAAAAUUUCAACGAGGAGUACUUACGUAGGUCACUGAAAACAAUUCUCAUAUAUGCAGAAGAGGAUAGUGAGCUACAAGAAACUACAUUUCCAGAACAGGUAAGAGAUUUAGUCUUUAAUCUCCAUAUGAUCUUGUCCGAUACUGUAAAGAUGAAAGAAUUUCAAGAAGAUCCAGAGAUGUUAUUAGAUCUUAUGUACCGAAUUGCUAAAGGUUAUCAAAAUUCUCCUGAUUUACGAUUAACGUGGCUGGCAAAUAUGGCUCAAAAGCACACUGAGAGAGGAAAUCAUGCAGAAGCAGCUCAUUGUUUAGUUCACUCAGCAGCUCUUGUUUCUGAAUAUUUACACAUGCUUGAAGAUAGAUCAUAUCUUCCUGUUGGAUGUGUUACUUUUGAAAAACUUUCAUCUAACAUAUUAGAAGAAAGUGCUGUAUCAGAUGACAUUUUAUCUCCUGAUGAAGAAGGUAUUUGUACGGGAAAAUAUUUUACAGAAAAUGGUCUCAUUGGUCUUCUAGAACAAGCUUCUACAUCCUUUAGUUUGGCAGGAAUGUAUGAAGCUAUGAAUGACGUAUAUAAAAUAUUAAUACCAAUAGCCGAAGCUCAUCGUGAUUAUAAGAAACUAGCAAAUAUACAUAGUAAAUUACAUGAAGCUUUUACAAAAAUAGAUCAACAGGCUGGGAAAAGAGUUUUUGGUACAUAUUUCAGAGUAGGAUUUUAUGGCAAUAAAUUUGGUGAUUUGGAUGGAGAAGAAUUUAUAUAUAAAGAACCGACCCUCACAAAAUUACCAGAAAUAUCAAACAGAUUAGAAAGUUUCUAUUCGGAAAGAUUUGGUCCAGAAUUUGUUGAAGUAAUAAAAGAUUCCAAUACUGUUGAUCCAUCAAAACUGAAUUCUGAGAAGGCAUAUAUACAAAUUACAUACGUAGAACCAUAUUUUGAUAUGUAUGAAUUGAGAGAGAGAGUAACAUACUUUGACAAAAACUAUAAUAUUAAACGAUUUGUCUACGCAACUCCAUUCACUGCCGACGGACGAGCUCACGGAGAUCUGCACGAACAGUAUAAACGUAAAACAAUUGUUACAACAGUAAAUACAUUCCCUUACGUAAAAACAAGAAUUCAAGUGACAGAAAGAAAACAGAUCGUACUGACUCCUAUUGAAGUUGCAAUUGAAGAUAUACAAAAGAAAACAAUGGAACUAUCACUUGCUAUCAAUCAAGAUCCAGCAGAUCCAAAAAUAUUGCAAAUGGUUCUUCAAGGUUGUAUGGGAACAACAGUUAAUCAGGUAUGUGUAAACUUAUAGCAGGAAUUAACAUUAAAAAUCCAAAAUGAAAUAAAACUUUUUCAUGUUCUUACCCCAAAAUAAAAAAUUUUAUUGCAAGAACAUUAUUAACUCUUAAAAUAUUUCAGUUGUUAUUCAUAACUAUCAGUUUUUUCUUAAAUUAUAGAUUAAUAAAACUGAUUUAAUGUAGAUUUCCUGAAACAAACAAUACAUAAAGUUUAAAAUCCAGAAAUAGUUUUAGCAUAAUUAAUUUUCAGUUACCUGUGAUUUAGUCUGUAAUUUUAAAUUAUGCAAGCAUGAGUAGUUCUUUAUUUUAAUACCUUACAAUGGCAAAUGCUUCUGAUAGUUUCAGAUGGAUAUUAACUGAACAAUCAUAUAAAAAAGUUAUACAUACUUUUUUUGAAUGAAAAUGUAUUAGAAAUCACACAUUAACUUUUUUAUAAUAUUGCAUUGGAGGUAAAGUAUU